AUGGAUCACGGAGUGGGGAAGUAUCACUCGCAGUACUCAGUUGUUAUUCCCAGCUCUUGCGGGCACCACUGUGGCUAUAAGAUAGAAAGUGUGUCAGUAUGGAAAAAAGACUUGAUGCUUUUAAAUGCAGCUAGGGCAUUUAAGCCUACCGGUACUGUAAUUAUAGACGUAUUUGAUUACAGAGAAGGAUGUGUCCAUUCGUGUGACAAGCUGGCGCUGUAUGUGGACAGUAGAUAUUUGACUGGUGCUGACCUACAGUUUGUAGAAUUGGUCACAAACGAUAUCCAUACUUUUCUGGAGGGAGAAGAGAAGGCCUCAUUGAACAGGAUCCUUCUUUUCCCUCCUGUGGACAGUUACCAUCGUCUACUCAUCCACAAGACAGCCGAACAGAUCACGGGCUUAAACAGUUUCUCUGUCGGGGAGGGGAAGAGCAGAAGGACAGUGGUCUGUCAUAAACUCACUCUGCUCAGAGACACCUGCUUUGAGCAGUCUGUUUGGAAUUCUGCUGGAAGGUUCCACAAGAUAAAUACAGUAGAGAGUGCACCUGUAACCAGGUCACAGUCCAGUGCGGACUGUUACCAUGAUUCUGCCGACAGUGAAAACACAGCAGAUCAGCCAACAUCCAGACAAACUCUGACACACAACUGCUCAAACUCUCCUCAUACCAGUGAAACACAGACUCCUUCACGGAAAAGACCCAGUGCCAUGGAGAGCAGAGGUAGAGGAGUUAAUUCAAAGUCAAGGCAGAGAACAAAGCGACCAGAGAUGCAGAUUUAUGUACCUAGGGGACGACGACUACAGCAGAGAAAUGAGGGAGUGUCUGUCACCACAGCUACUGAUAACACACCUCCCACCCUACCCACAAGCUCGUCAACUGUCAAGACAUCCUCAAACUCUGAAACUAAAAAAAGCAUGGGGUCCAGUUGUUUACUUUGUGAGAGGGAUUGUGAUGGUGAUAAGCCAGAGAGAAGGUCAUUAUCCCCUCAUGUGGGCAGAGGACGGGCCAAAACCCUCCAGACCUUUGUACACGCCCAAACCUCGCCCUCCUGACAAAAGAGAUAAAAAGGAUGGUGUUGGUGCACACACAAAUGUCCAAAGUGAUUCCAGAGAUGUUUUCAAGGAUCCUGCUGAUUCUGAGCCAGGUGCGCAGACUGAAAAAGGUGAUACAAGUGAGUUCAUGGACAUCAGUGAUCUCUGUAGUAUUGUAGAGAAAGACAUUAGUCAGCAGUCUGUCUCUGUCUCCACAGUGGCCCCUAGUGGACAGGAAGUUCAAAACUUGUCUGGCAUUCCUAGCCCACCCACAGAUGAUAGUCUUAUUUCUUCUCCUCUAUCUGAGACAUCUGGAAAUAGAUGUGAGAACAGCGUAGAUGUGGUUAAUCCUGAUCGGUUUGACGAUGCUGUCCCUGAACUCAAAUAUUCAAGAUCUCAGGAAAGUGCUCUGUGUGGCGAUGAAAAAGUCAACAAAGAUAGUGGCAUUGCCAGAACA